AUGGAAUUAUGCAACAGAAUAAUCCGUGUUUUAAGCAAUGCCCAUAAAGAUUCAAUAAUCGCAAGUCAAUUUUUAGCAAAUAAUUUACAAUGCGAACACAAAAACGUGGUGGACUGCAUCAGACAAUUACAGAAAAUUAACGAUUUUUUAUUAGUAGAAGAACAGGAAGACGAAAAUGACGAAGAAUCUCAAUUCAGUUUCAAUGGAGUGAACGUCAGAAAAGGCCGAAACUUUGAUCCAAAAAUGAAAGUUAGUAGUGAAUUAACAGAUAAUAUACUUCAAUCAGAGGAUUGGAAGAAAUACUACUUCCUCCCGUACGAUUUUGACAAAAUGGGAGAUCCGGCAUCUGGGGGUCAAAUGAACUACGUGUUAAAUUUCCUCAGAGCUACGAGAGACUCAUUGCUCGAGUUGGGAUUUCAAGAGGCCUUGGCGCACAGCCGGUACGUAGACUCCGAGGAAAACAAUACACUUACUGUGUCUCUAAAAGACGAAGUGUUUUUCACGAACAAAUCCUCUUAUUUACAAACAGAAGAAUCCGUUUUCAAGACAAUGGUUAGAGAGAUAAAAGCAUACCCGGCGAAACUCUUCUCAGUUGGGAAGGCUUUCAAAAACAUCAAAGACGACAACAUGAAACUCCACGAAUUUCACGACUUGCAGAUCCUGCUGGCCGACGAGGAUGUUCAUUUUAGCGACCUUAUCGGUAUAAUAGUCAAGUUUUUUGAAAAGAUCGGAAUCGGAAAAGUGGAAUUUAAGCCUGGAUAUUCCCCUUUAACUGAACCGACUCUAGACACGACCAUUUACCAUGGAGAAUUAGACAAAUGGUUGACCAUCGGCAGUGCAGGCAUGGUCAGAGAAGAAAUAAUAGAAGAACUUGUUGACAAUACAAAUGUGACAUUUUUACACUGGAAAUUUUCAAUAGAAAAAUUAUCGCUUGUUAAAUUGGACGCCACUGAUGUAAAAGAAGUAUUACUGAGCUCAGUGUAA